CGCCAUGGGAGGGGGGAGAGAUAUCGUUGCCUGCCGUUUGCCAUCAGAGCCAUUCGUGUGCAUGGAAAGACGUGAAACAGUUGAAGUCCGAGUCUUGUAUCUAUUGCACAGCCGUCUGGAAGCUCCGGAGGAAUUUACAUUCAACCACCACCACCUCAUGAAUUACGAUGAUUUUAUUAUUACUAAUGCGUAGUCAUAUAUCAUCUUCCAAUAUUCUUUCAAAAAGCAUUCAUAUAGUGGAAAUAUGCACAAAUAAGUGAUUUUUUUAUAAACUCUUUGCACGAGAUACCCAGUCUGUGUGGCUUGGUUUUUAACUACACAAAAUGGCCCUCGAAAUUGAAAGUGUGAAUCCCCCAUCGGCAAUCCAUCUCAAAGAUGGAGAUGAAAAAAGCAUGAUGGCUGGUGAUCUAGAAGAUGGAGAAAUUGAAGAUGGUGAGAUACCUGAUGAAGAGAUGGCAAGCGGUGGAGAGGCAGUUGUGGACAAUGAAGCUGACAGAUCAUCAGCUCCACCAAACGGUGGACCUAGAUUGUUACCUGUACAAGAUGACACUACAGUAACUGCAGAGAAACGUCAGGUUCCAUCUUCAAAAUUGAAACGAUCAGUUACAAGUCGCACUGGCAGUGCGGUAAAUCAUAGACACGUUGAUCGUUCGAAAGAGAAUGUAGCGGAUGAUGACUGGGCGGGUGAUGUUGAAAAAGCUAUAAAGGCAGUGAUGACAAGUACGGAUAGUGGACAUGAAUUACAUUCAGAAAAAAAAGCAAAUGGCGGUGAUAUAGUGAAAGCUGAAGAUGAUGAUGAAAGAAAGUUUCGACGAAAAAAGAGGAAAAAGAAGCACCGGGAAGAUGAUGAUGAUAGGAAGGAAGCCAAGAAACGGAAACGGAGUCACGGCUCUUCAAAGGAGGGUGUGAUGGAACAGGCUGCGGAUGUGGGGCAGGUUGCCGCGAGUGACCAUGAUGAGGAAGAUGAUGAUGAAAUGUUGUUUGUUCGGGGUGCAUCACCGAUCAUGCACAGUGGGUAUAGCCCUCCCACUCACGGUUACCAUGAUGAACCAUUUGGUUAUAUGGAAUCAGGUGGACCUUUUGAAGAUCCUUAUGAUUCAUAUUGUGAUGACUCAGACUAUGAAAGGGAAGAUUUUGUACGGCCUUGCCGCGGAGAUGAAGAAGGUCCCAAAAGAGGUGGUCGCGGAGCAAAGCGGCGACAGCAAGGCCGUGGAGGUGGCAGAGGCCUUCAGAACAAGCGGCAGCAAAGUGGGCGUAAGGAGGCGGCAGGUAGCAAGGCAAAAAGGAUUGGCAACAAACGGCAGCAGCAGAGGACAGCCAUGCUAAUGCAAGACCCAAGGCAGGGUCCUGACUCCAUAUGUAUGUUUUACAUGCAAGGGAAAUGCCAGAAGGGUGAUGAAUGUCCGUAUUCUCAUGAUGCCCUGCCUCCUCGAAAAAUGGAGUUGUGCAAAUUCUAUCUUAUGGAUUGCUGUGCUAAGAAAGACAAGUGUUUGUACAUGCAUUCUGAUUUCCCAUGCAAGUUCUACCACACUGGUCUUAAGUGUUUCGCUGGUGAACGAUGUAAGUUCAGCCAUGGUACGCUCACGGAGACGCUGAAAGCUGUUCUGCUGAAGCAUCUGGAGACUGCACCCAAAGAGAUUCUUGGGGAUUUUCCUCGCUUGAGUCGUGAGGGUGCAGCUGCAAUGGUGUAUAAUAAAAAGAACCGCGGUAACAAAGGGGCGUUACCAGGAAACAAGAAGAUUCCAUCUCUGUUUGAGAUUGAAGUCCCCAUACCAGCUCAACUUCUCGCAGCGAAUAUGCACGGGGAAGAGGAGAGGUCGCCUGUUAGACGGACCACACCGAUGCCUGAGUCGGACAAUGAAGAUCAGGAUGGAUGUCGGACACCAAUGCCAUCGUCUCCCAAAAUGGAAACGCACAACUUAGCUAAGGACUUCUCUGGUAGAGCUAGUAAUCAUCAUUGGGAUGUUGAUAAUGGUGUCCCUGGAGACUCGGGUGAUGAACUUCGGCACCCUAGGUUAUUUCAUGGAGGGACAGAUGUGAACAGAGAACCUAGUGAAGAGCGGGAGUUGUCAAGAAGGACUAUUCCUAACUACGAGGACCGAGAUUUCUCAGAACAACUGCAGCAGUUGAAGAUGCGCUUCUACCAGGAAACAUUGAGUAAUGCAGAUGACGCCGGUGGUAGUGUAGGAGUACGACACCAACAUCGUCACCGUCAUCGUCGUAGCAAAAAUAAGACGACGACUGACGGCGAACAACAGGCUGGUGUAAGGAGCAAGCUGAACCUCCAUUAUCUUGCAGGUUACUCACCAGCGCCCGUAACAGAUGCCGAUGAUCGGGCGUUGCCUUCUCGAGCGCAGGACGGUAAAGCAAUUACUGUGGAAUCGGUGGAGUUGGCAGAUGAUGAAGGAAAGCUAGAGAUAGAUGACCAGUGUGAAGAGGAUGACAAUGAAGAUGGUGAUGGUACUCCGCCAUUGUCUUCCACAGUUGUACAAGAGAACAACAAGAAAGAGCAACUUGACGCAGAUCACAACAGCAACUGUGGCACAGAGACAGGGGGGCUUCCACAUAACCUACCAAAGAAGCAGCGAGAGCUGUUUUUGAGAAUCCAGCAACAGCAACGUGAGGCUGCAGACUCAAGCAGUCAGGACCAGAGUGGAGAGGAAGAUGGCAAAGAUGAGAAUGUUGAACAACAGCAAGAAGAGAAGUGGUACUCGAGUGAUGAGGAGGAGGCAAGUCUGGCAGAUGUUCUCAGGAACCUUUCCAAGCAGCAACAGCAGUCAGCUUCUCCCCCGGAAGCCAGUACGACUCCACCCCUUCCUCCUACCACCACCACUCCACCUUUUGAUAGUAUCAAACUAUCUGCUAUUGACAUCAGUGAGUCUGUCAGCAAAUUACUGUCGAGCAUCCGAAACCAGCAGAGUACCAGUGCAGCCAGUGUGACACAAACUGCAGAAAACAGUGACUCACGGACAACACAGUCAUCUCUUGCAGUGGCGCCACCAUCCCAAGCCAGAGAUCCACGGCUCGUGUCACGUGACCCACGUAAUAGAAGUUCCAACACUACUCCUGUAUCUGUGUUGUCUCCGAGCACAUAUGACAACUCACGUCAUGACCCUCGAACUUCUAAACGGGCAGACUCUUCGGAAGAGAAAAAUGAUUUACGUCGCACUAGUAUCUAUAGUUCUGCCAUAACGUCGUCAAACGCUGCGUCUACGAGUAUCACGCACGGUCAGUUGGAGGGUGGGAGUGAUGUUGAUUUGAGAGGUUUUCACAGUAAACAGCAACAGCCAAGCACUGGAUUUGAGUCUGGGACAGAUGUGGAUUUAAGACAGAACAUACUUGUGAGAGGUUCAUCUUCACCCUAUAGUUAUGGUGACACUGACCUUAGAGGGACGAGUGGUGAUGUGGACUUGAGAGGAAUGCUAGGUCUUCCAUUUAAGCCUGUACCUAUGCAUACACCUGCGACAGAAAUAGAUGCAUCACUAACAAGCCAUCCACCCAUCCCUUACAAGGUUGUGGCGAUCACAAUACCGCGGCCUGACUACUCGGGGUUGAAACUGAAUACAUCAGACCCACAGGUUCGGAAUGAUCCAAGAUUACGUAGGCUGUUCAAGGUGUCUGUUAGUUCUGUGGACAGUCCUGCAUCUCCACCUCCGCCACCGCCGCCACCACCACCACCACCUCCUCCACCACCAUUACUUCCCCCUAAGCAAUCACCAUCUGCUGCAGCAAGGAGUGAUCCACGGCGCCGCACCAGUGCAGUGAUUCCCCAUUCUUCUUCAUGUACCCGAUUGCAGGAAGCAACGCCGGUGUAUUCUGAAAUAAUGCCCCCAAACCCUAUGAGCUUGUUGCAUGUUACUGGCAUGCCAGCUCUUCUUCCAUCCUUGCCACCAGCACUUUCAUAUGAUCCGAGACUUCCUAGGAACCCAAGAAAUGCACCUGGAAUCCUUGGUCCUGCUCCAUUACCACUUAACUACUGCCCAAAUACCCCAAGGUUUGAGGACCUUGACGAAGGUAACAGCAAUGGUUCGGACACAGAUCUGAGGAUGUUCUAUGGAAACAAUGCUCCCACAUGGGAGCAACAGUUACCACAGUCACAAAACCAGCGUUUGCACCGGAACAGAAAUUGGCGGAAUAUUAGACGUAGUCACCAAAGGUACCAAUCACAGCAGCAGGAGCAACAACGGUCUUUCACACCUCCUCUGUGAAGAGACACCACAAAUGAGAGAACAGAAUAAAAAGAUAAGUAACGCAAAGUGCGCAAUUGUGCCAAACUGUGUGCCUCAUAUGGGGUAAUAUAGUGGACAUUAUGGGAGAAAUCCCUAAAAUUUAUACAGUGAGUUGAAAAUGUAUGCGAAAAUGGAGGAUGUCUUAUGAUACUUUAUAUAAGUGAUUUUACAGCGAAUAAUAUUUUAUCUCAAACCAAGGAAUGUUGGUUAAUUCUGCCAGAGUGAGGAAAGUAUAUUACUGUAAACAGCAAAGAAUAUGAGCGAUUUAAUUUUUUUAGUGAAGUUUAUAUCUAUAGACAACACGUAACUUAGCUAGCUUCCUUUGUCACUUUGGAUAGAAGAUAUAAAUUUCAUAGUCAUUGAUCUCAAUCAUGUACUGGUGCCAAUGAGCUGGAAAAGUUAAUUUAGUGGUUUUCUCUUUUGUCGAUUUCAUUCACAUUUCUUGAAACUCUAUAGAACUAACACGUUCACAACCAAAACAUUACUUCCAUGUUCUAUCACGAUGAUGUUAUUUGAGCUUUUCUGUUACAACUGUAUGUGAAAGAGAAGACGGACAACAGAAAGUAUUUUAUCAGUCUCUGUUAAAUUUUGAAUGCAUAUCUGUCUCAAAAAGUCUACAGGAUAACAAAUGUUUAGUGUUAUAAUUAAAGUGAAUUGAGAGGUGUUCUGAGUGUAAUACAGGGUCAUGCCAGUAUUUUGGCACACGGAAAAUGUGUAAUUAAAAGAGUUUAUUGUACCAAAUUUUCAAAAUUAUAUGUCAACUUAAAAAAAGGUGUAGGUACAAGAGUUUAUUUUACCAAAUUUUCAAAAUUAUAUGUCAACUUCGGAAAAUGUGUAGUUAAAAGAGUUUAUUUUACCAAAUUUUCAAAAUUAAAUGUCAACUUCAGAAAAUGUGUAGUUAAAAGAGUUUAUUUUACCAAAUUUUCAAAAUUAUAUGUCAACUUGAGAUGGAUGCUGAAGACUGGGAGUAGUUGUAGUUAAAGGUGAAGUGAAAAGCUGAUGAAAUGGUCUGGCAUAGCAUGCAGAAUUUCCUUUAGUUUUCAUGAUGUGUUGUGUGUGUGUGUGGAAAAAUGCUUAUAUAUUGGGUGAUCACAGAAUUUCUUCUGGGUUUUAUAAUUACAUAGCUUUGCAGUUUCAGUAAAACCUUGCUAAUUUCAAUUUCUUGUACCUUAACUUUACAGACUGGUGUACAACUAACUUCUCUGUAAAUACAAAAACUCUUUUUGAACGGUUAUGCUGUUCUUAGCAAAUUAAUGGUGUUUGCCAUUUGUAGUUGACAGAUGUGGGAGGAAAACUUGUCCAAAAGAAAAAUAUUUGUUCUUAUACUAGAUAACAUUUUCUUGUAUUUUCUGUUAAAUCAAAGCAAUUAAAUGCCUUCUUCUUUUACUUCUUUAUUGAGAACUUAAGUUUUAGGUGUCAAAUGAAUAUUAUUUCUGUAACUGUUUUCUUUAUGGUUUGCACAUUUUUGUGGCUGGAAGUACAGACUGAUUGAUGAUGAUACACAACUCGUGAGUUGCAUGUGGUUAAAUGCAGAUAUUCAGAAUUAUUUUAUGGAACACAUUGAAAAUUAUGAUUUCAUUAACCUAAUCACUAAUGUGUGACAGAAAUUAAUUUGUUUAUUAAAUAAAGCAUAAAGGUAUCAUUAAUAAUAAUUUUGUAAUAAGGAUAUUAAUUACCACAUAUUAAUCAGGGAGUUGGGUCAGGAAAUGAAAAAUAUUUUGUAAAUUUAAAAUGACUAUCAAUUCAAUAUCUGUUUUAUUGUCAUUUUGCUUUACUUUAAUAUUUCUGAUUUUUACUAAUGACACUUCCUUAAUAACCUGCUUUUACAUAUUGAAUAUUUAAAAGUGCUAGAUACUGUAUAAUUUGAUCUAUUAUCAAGCCUGACUAGUGGUCAUUUUGUUUUGUAAAAAAUUGCUCAGGCGGAAACACAGGGUGUAUUAAUGUUUCAUUACAUGCUUUCUGAGGUCACCUUUUCAAAUAUCCAUUCCACAAAAUCUGAAUACUUUCAAAUACCUGCAAUGUAAAGUGUAACCUGUAAAUGCUUCUUAACAGGGCAAAAUGUAAAACAUGGAAGUAGUAAUACAGGUAUUAAGGAUUCAAUGUGCCAUUAAAAUAACUUGUGGAGUUAACUUUUUAAUAAAAAAUGAAAUAGUUUUGCAACUGGUCAUUUGUUUCAUUAUGAGUUUAGCUAUUGCAGAAUAUGAAGCAUACUGCAUAAUGAACCAGAAUUCACCAGGUAACUGCCAUGUUUAUUUUAAUAUCUUUAUGCACAUAUUAACCAAAUCCUCCAAAAAAAUACAUUCUGCAAGCAAAUAUCAUUGUAGAAAAUCGUAUGAAAAUUGUUAGAUGUACAGCUAAUUAAGUUUCUCAAUUUACUUAAACAAAUAUUUUUUUUAGAUAUAUUGCUUAGUCAUUGGGUCUAAAAUGCCUGAAGACAGUUCUUGAAAUUCAGUGAAUUUUGUUUACUAUAUUUCUUGUUUUGCACAUUUUUCUUUGAUAUGAUUGAUCAAUUUUGAUGCAUUGUCUGUUGGGUCCUAAAAUUUACCAGUGUACUGUGUACUUUCUACAGUUUUUGUAUAAGUAAAAUGUUGAAUGAUGGCAGAAAGUGGGUAUGUACUGCGCUGAUUUUACGUUGAAAAUUUGUAGCAUCUACAGUUUGUCUAAAAUUAUUAUAUAUUUUUCCCUUUGCCACAUCGAAGUUUGAUAAAUGAGGUCUUGACACCUUUCAGUUGCUAGCAGUAACUUUUAUAUGGAAAGAGUUUCCUUAACUUUCAUCCACAUGCUGUAGCUUCCAGCUGACCAUGUGUCACAGUAGCACACCACUAAACCGUUAACACCAGAGUUAAAUUUGGCUGGCACCUCCUUAGUAUAGGGGUAUAAAUCCCCUGUUUGCAUACCAUAAAGAUUAUUUUGGUUGUUUAUUUUCAGUUCGGUCACACACAUUGUGAAGACAUAUACAGUAAUACACGUAUUUAACAAAAUACAAGUGUGUUACUAAAACUUAGAUUUCUUGUUUUAUAUGGAGGUUCUUAUUCCUGUGUAAUUCAUAAUAUCAAGGUUUUAUUUAUGUGCCUCUCACUAUUGAUUUGAAAGUUUAGUAAGUUUAUGUUCUUUUUUUUGUGCACUUAAAUGAAUAUAAAUUUAAUCAGAAAUUAAAUUGCUGUUAUAAGGGAAGAGAGUGGAAUCAUAUAAGUAGUAGCAUUAAUCCCUGGAAGAAAUUUUACAGAUAUCAAUUAUGUGUAAAGAAUGUAAAUGAAUAUAUAUUUUGAAUACAUAUUUAAUAACCCAUGGAGUUCUUUUCCUUAAAAAUGCAAAAUGGAAAUAGUUCAGCUUGGUUGUGAGAGUGUUAUUUAAUUUUGGGUUGAUAAAAACUACUGCUCCUGCUACUACUACUACUACUACUGCUAUUACCACCACCAACACCACCAUCACUGCUGCUGCUGCUGUUAAUAUCAUUAUUAUUGUAAAGAACUGAAUUUAAUUAUAAUUAUGUUAAAGAGUGUCUAUAGAAAGUAUUAUUGAUUUAUUUUAUUAUAGGAAUGAAUGUUGCUUAAAAUCAUUUAUUGUAUAUUAUGUUGGUAAACUUGAGCAAAAUUAUAUAAAGGAAUGCAUAUGUUUAUUAAGCUAUGCUGUAUAUUCACAAUUAUGACACAUUAUAGACCUCUUUAUACAUGUACAUAAUAGAAACAGACUCUUACAAACAUUUUUUAAAGAAUAAAUUGUACAUGUAAAUGUGA